CACCAUAAUCACGAAUUCGCCUUUAUUAUUGUUCUAACAACAGUGAUUGUACUUAUUGUAAAUUAAUUGUUCAUUUUUUGGUUUUGAAGAUAGAUCAAUGAUUAAUUUGUGGCUUGAACUCAACGAACGCGGUAUUUGUUCUCUAUCAUUUCGCGAGACUGACUGAUUUGGUGUAGUGUAUUCAACCGGUAAAACCGUUGAAGGUAGGAGGAGAACAUCAAAUGCUGAUAAGAAUUAAUUAAAAUAAAUAUUCUGUAAAUUUAUUAAAAUCAAACGAAAUUGAAAAUCAUAAUCUGUGUUGAUUAAGAUCAAUUCCUGUGACACACGCACUUGAGGUUUAAUACAGCAUUUGCCCAGGGAUUACACACACUUUUAAGUUUUGAAAUUCGAAAUCUCAUAUACAUAACAGUACAACUGGUAUGCAAUACAUAAAAAAUGGUGCUGAACCCAAACUCCGAUUGCGAUGUGCCUUUCUCAAUGAAAUUACCAACAUUCUAUACCAGUGAAGAAGCACAUCUUCUUACUGAAACACCUCUUACGCAAUUAAGUUCUGAGACAUGCAUCAAACUAUCGGAAAUGCUUAAUGGCCGCAAAAUUUUAAGAUAUAAUGGUCAUGAUCGCGAUUGGCGUGGCAUAGCUGAAUUGGCAAAAGUACGUAAUUUCUGUAACAAUAACUCAGAUGAUCCAAUGCAAACUGUGCUGAGCCAAUGGAUACAACGCAAUGCUGAAGAAGCCACAUGUUUCAAUUUACUACUUUGUUUGUCAAGAAUCGAUCGUUGGGAUGUAAGCGAUGAUAUCUACACGUUUCUUGUUAAAGACGCCAACCUCUUUCAGAGUAGAAGGUCAUAUGCCAAUACAACAGGCGUGACUUAUGCAGAAAACACUAACUUUGGCGAAAGUGAGGUGGUUGCGGAAAAUUUUGACACUAAUAAUGAAAAUUAUAGGCCAGAUAGUGAGAAAAUUUAUGAGGAAACAGAUAAUGAGUUGGAUGCCGACGGUGGCUCCAGCUCUUCAUCCAGUCCACCACCGAGCCCACCACCAAGUCCCCCACCAAAUAUUGAAUCUCUUAUUGAGCGCGUUGAGGAAUUAACAAAUUCUCAAAAUAACAGUGAAUCCAAGCCGUCAACAACUGCACCUGCCAUACCCGAACCAAUGCCUGUAGCUUUAUUGCCUAAGACAGUGAAUACCGAAAAACACACAGAGGAAUCAAAUCCUCUAACACGCCAAGAUGCAGCACGCUUACGUAGAGGUUUGCCGUUAACGAAAUACGACGCAUUUGUACUUUACGCCGAGCCUGAUCAAAAAUAUGCAAAUGAAAUGCAACAAAAACUGGAAACAUUUACAGAAUUUAAUUUCCAGCUAAUUUUCAAGAAUCGUGAUUUGCUUGGUGGUACUUUCUUUCACGACGCGGUAACGGAGCUAAUGGAAGAUCGCUGUAAUUAUGUGCUCUUAAUUGUAACGACAAAUUUCAGUCGUGAUUAUGAAAGCUGUUUCUUUUUCCAUAACGCACAAACUUUACAGCUACAGGAAAAUCGUCGAAAAAUCAUACCUUUGCUAUACUGCGCACAACUACCACGACGUUUGCGUGGUCUGCAUACUUUAAAAUACCACAGUGAGCAUUUUUGGGACCUGCUAGUAGACUCGCUGAGCGUUAAAGAAUUACCACCGCUCACAAAAGAAGUAGAAUAUAAAGACGAUAUGCCUGCUCUGUCAAGCUUACCUAAACCGCCAGAUUCAUCUGUUGGUGAGGAUGAAGAGAAAACUAAAAAUAAACCACAAACUUUACAAACCAAAUCGACUUCUUUGGAUAAGCGUGGGCUGAAAACGAAGUUUUUAAAAAAGCCUAUCUGGAGUAAGAAAAAUAAAGUACAACAAUAAAGCAACAAAUAUAAAUUGUGCCUUAAAUGAAGUUGUAUUGGCCUUAGCAAAUUUACUUGCCAAUUUGAAAAAAAAGAUAAGAAAAAAAAAAAUAUUCCUAUGAGAUUAAUUAGUUUGCCCAUGAAACGGCGCUCUUUAAGCCACUUAUGCAAUAUAUAUUUUGCACAAUUAACAUUUAAAAUAUAUGUGUAAAUUAAAUGCCAUGUUUACCAUUCUAUUAGUGUGAAAAAAUAUAUAUUGAAUUCUAUGUUUGUAUGUACUUAAAAUUUGUUUGUAA